AUGGCCUACGUGGACAGACACAAUCUAACGACACUGGAUGAAUUCAUUCUCACGGGAAUCACACAUCUCCCUGAGCUGCAGGCUCCCCUCUUCGGACUUUUCCUUACUGUGUACACGAUCUCAGUGGUGGGAAACCUGGGCUUGAUCAUCCUCACCAACACCGAUUCGAGGCUGCAGACGCCCAUGUACUUUUUUCUUCAACACUUGGCUUUCACUGAUCUUGGCUACUCAACAGCUGUGGGUCCCAAAAUGUUAAUAAAUUUUGUAGAUAAACCUACAAUCUCCUACAACUGGUGUGCCACACAGCUAGCGUUCUUCGAUGUGUUCAUCGUUAGUGAACUUUGCAUUAUCUCAGCCAUGGCCUGUGACCGCUACGUGGCCAUCUGCAACCCUCUGCUCUACACAGUGGUGAUGUCACCCAGGGUGUGCUGGGUGCUGGUCACAGUCCCUUAUCUCUACAGCACCUUUCUCUCUCUGAUAGUCACCAUCAAAAUUUUCCUCUCAUCCUUCUGUGGCAAUAAUGUCAUUCGUCAUUUCUACUGUGACAGUCUUCCCUUGUUAACUUUGAUUUGCUCAGGCACGCGAGAAGUUGAGCUGAUACUACUGAUCUUUUCAGCAUUUAAUUUGGUUUCCUCUCUUCUGAUAGUCCUUGUUUCCUACACUCUGAUCCUCACCGCCAUCCUCAGGAUGAACUCAGCAGACGGUAGGCACAAGGCCUUCUCCACCUGCGGGUCUCACCUGACAGUGGUGGUCGUCUUGUACGGGACCCUAUUCUUCAUGUAUGUGCAGCCCAGGUCCAGUCACUCCUUUGACACUGACAAAUUGGCCUCUGUGUUCUACACCCUGGUGAUUCCCAUGCUGAACCCCAUGGUCUACAGCCUGAGGAACAGAGAGGUCAAAGGUGCCCUGCACAGGAUAUGGAGCAAUCUGUGCAAACUCUGUUUGUAA